AUGGACGCAAAUAGGUAUGUUAUUAAUCCAGAAACCGGACGGCAAAUUCGUGUCGGAGGAGUUCGUUUCUAUCAAUUAAUCGAUGAGCGAUACGAUUAUUUCAAUGGGGAAUUAGUUAGAAGGGCAAACGCUCCUCCACCUGGACCAAGACAUUAUUACUUUAAUACUAUAACACACCGCCGAGUUACCGCUGGCGGAAGGAGAUACUAUGAAUUGCUUAAUGCUGGAUGGGAUAUAGAAAACGAUUAUUAUUUAGUUCCACCAGAAGUAAUUUCCGACGAUGCUAAUGAAGCUCAAGAUCCUCUCCCAACCCACGAACGAAUUAUGGCUAUACACGGAGAGAAGCUUGCAAAUCUCAAUAUCACAUUAUGUCGAGAAUGCUUUAUUGCUAUAAACCUAGAACAAGUUGGCAAACCAAAAGUCAGACUUUCUUCUGUCGAAUUUCGUCGCUACGUAAAUAGUAUUACAGAUUUAAAUACGCUUAUCGAAUCUAAGGAUUACUUAACCCGAUUUAUUAGAUCUGAGUAUAAAGUGAAAGAAUUCGCGGAUAAAUUUUUAAACAACCUCGAAACAAUGAUUGAUAGUCGUCACCAGUUGGGUGCUACAAACUAUGUUCCUCCUGCUAACGAUAUUGAUCAUAUUAGAAUUUGGAUACUUGGCUUUAUCAAUAAUCAAGAUGGUGAAGAAAUGGGAUUAUAUAAAUUCUUACAAUCGGAGUAUCACGCCUCUGGUAUAAAUGAAGCUUUCAAUGAAUUUUAUCAGAAUUACGCUGGAAAUGUUCAUAAUCCUAUGAAUAAAAAUCGAGUAUCGCGCGCGUUAUCUGCUUUAGGCUUAAAAACGGAAAUGAAAAAGGUAUUUGAUAUCCCUGAGCUAGUCGGAAAAAUUAUCAGCUAUUUACCCAUAAAGAGCCAGUGUACAGUUUCCAGAGUUAAUCGCACUUGGCGUUUAGAGGCUCGACGCCAGCUUUAUAUUAAUCGUAAGAAAAUUAUCGACGAAUUGCUGAGUAAACAAAAUUUGAGACGCGCGGUUGAUUUCAUUUCCGCUCUAAAUCUGAACAAGAUAGAUGAGCUAGAAGCGCUAAUUACUGAUUAUAAGAAUAGGAGGGAUGAUUUGCUAAAUAAAUUGGAUUUGAAUUCCGAUUUGGACCAUUCCAUGCCGAUUAUGUCGGAACUUAAGGUGCUUAUUAAUCAAAAAAUAAUGUACCUUAUACAUUAUAUCAUUGUCUGUAAAGAUAAUACGUUUUUGAAAACCGAGGAAGCAAAAAAUCAAAAUAUGAGGGAAUGGGAGGAGCAAGCAUUUCUGGCUUCAAGUGAUUAG